AGCGAGAAGUUACAUACAGACAGUUCUGCAACGCCUUCCUGAAACGUAUGAAGUGGCCUAAUAGUCUUGAAUUUUGACUUAUGUUAACCAUUUCAGUGUAUAGCUACCUUCAUCCACAUGCAUAUGCGUAAGGUCUAAUUUGUGAAAAUAAUGCACCGGCCAAAAUAUUUUACUCCGAAUGAAGUCUCGCUACACAACACAAUUGGAGACAUUUGGGUGUCAUACCUAGGAAAGGUUCGUGACUUGACGCCGUUAGUGAAUGAAUACAAAGGUGAUGUGCUUCUAAAGCCUAUGAUUGAGUGUGCUGGAAAGGACAUCAGCCACUGGUUCAACCCGAAGACAGAAGAUAUUCAGACCCAUGUGGACCCCUUGACUGGUUGCAUGAAGUACUACACACCCAGGGGGCGUUUUGUACACGUGCCCCCUCCCUACCCCUGCACUGACUGGGCCAAUGACUUUGGAACACCAUGGUGGAGAGACAAACGCUAUGAGAUUGGGCUGCUGUCAGCCAAGACGAGGUGGAUUCGUAUCAUCAACACUCUCACCUCUCAGGAGCAGAGUUUGGAGGUGUGUUCUGAAGAAACCCUGAAUGAGAUUCUGCAACGCUACCUGUACUACAACUCCCACGCCACAGGCUACACCUGGAAGCAUAACGGUGUCACCCUGGACAUGAGCAAGACCCUAAAUGAAAACAACAUCCCAGAUGAAGAUGAAGACUUCUACAACAAUCGCAUUGACCGUGACCUCUUCUCCCAGUCUAUUUGCCUCUACUUCAAUGAUGACCUCACAGAGUUGUAAGCACAAAAGGAAGACCACAGAAAAUGUGUUGUGUGAGGGUAACUGAAAACCAGAAUAAGGAAAGAAAACAAAUAGCCAUGACAAAACAUUCUUUUGUCACAAUUAUGUGAGGUGGUGGUUGGGGGUUAAUAGCGACACUUUCCCUACAUGUCAGUCCAUUCUUCUUUUGUCCCUCUCUUGAAUCUCAUUUCUAGUUCCUUGUUAUAUUAUUGGGCAAUAGGUAUGAGGUUUUUUGAAUUCCACUUUAACUGGAAAGGCUCUGCAUUAUAUCUGGAAGGAGCAUCCUACUUCACACACAAGCAUUUAAUAGAUUUGUGUGUGAGGUAAAAUAUGAGUGAAGUCCCUAUCGUUAUACCAUAAAUAUGCACCAUCUGUAAACAGGAAUUAAGAUUAUGAAUAAAUGUGCCAACGUUUUUUAAAAUGGAUGAACCAUCCCAAAAUAAAGGAAAUAAACUUGCUAUAAUCAUGCUACUCUGUACUCAGAAGUAGCAUCCGAGUAGUUAUGACAAAAAAAAAAUAUAUAUAUAUAUACAUGACAAAGUUAUGACAAAAUAUAUAUGGUAGUUAUGACAAAAUAUUUACCAUAUUCAGUGAAAUGUAGUUUUGUCAUUCAUGAAACUUAGUUUGAUGCCAUUUUAUGAUAAUUCAGCCUCAGAUAGCAUGUGAUGAAUUUCAGGUGACAUUAUUUAAUCUAUAACUACAAUAUCUGUGUUUUUCAUUCACUUAUAUGCAUACUGUAAUGAAAUAAAACAGUGCAAUAACUAUGAAAUAACAGUGUAGAUAUACGAUUGUACUAAAGAAGCUUUAAGUCUAUCAUAAAAUCACAACUGAUCAUGUUUACUAUGGAAUUCGCAAAAGGCGAAGGGCUCCACCCCUCUUCCGCACCUCUUGCUUACUACUCCUGUCUCAACUAGGGAUGUUUUACACUUGUAAAAUAAAAUUUUUCUUAUUCUGAAGUCUGUUAAAUGUAUUGAAUCACAUAAAUUGAGGUCCAACAGUUCCCCACAUUUACUUGCUUCACUCACACUAUGUAUUUGACACAUUUUAUGCAAGACCUUCAUUACCACCCUAAAUGUCCAUAUUAUAAUCAUUCAAGUACAGUUUCUUCCUCAAUGAUUACUUGUGAAUUAUGUAUUGUACAAUAAAAGGUAAAAUUUCACUCAA